AUGUCGUGGACCCGUGAACAAGAUUGGGCCAAGUCGUCCUGGGCUAGUUCGUCUUGGGAGAAGAAAGGAUCGUCGGGUUGGAACAACCGUGACUGGCAAAAAUCCCCUCAACAGUCUGUUCCCAGCACCAAUGUUGCCAUCCCAUCGUCUUUUACCAGUGACUGGGAGUGUUACGACAAGAAUGCUAUUUCUGGCAAGAAGUUCUUUCGUAACAUCCAAUCCACGCCCUGGUCUACGAAAGCUGGACUGGCUGGAAAAGAUGUCGCCGAUCUUCGUGUCUCAGACCUGACGAGAAAAGGUCUUGAUGACUUCAGUCUCCGCUGUUUGUCCAAUGGAGAAUUUCAGAGCUUAGUAUUCGUGAGGUCGAUUUCAGAAGCAGUGUUUGUGACUAACCUGCUUCGUCACACUCGGCAAGACCGGAUUGAUCUUGAUGCCGUGGCAGCAAAUAUGCACGGCCCAGCUCCGCCUGACAAGCACAGGGAGUCUGCGAGAUUUAUGCAACCAUUGCUUGGCGAAAUUGUUUCAACAAUCAAAGCCAAUUCGCCUCCUCCGGCGGAUUCAAGCCAGCAAUCGCCUGAGAGUGAACAGCUUGCUCGUGCGAAGCGAAAGUUGAAGGAAGCUGGGAUUGCUCUUACUCCAGAGAAGAAGCAGGCCAAAACUGGCCCAAAGCCCACCGCUUCACCUUCACCGUCAGCUGAGCAGAUUUUGAAUGCGGAACUCCCGAAUCCGCCGAACUCUGUUCCGAGUUCCAGCUCCCCUGAUGUUGUUGAAAAAUGGCUCAAGAAGCAUCAGAGCCAGUUUCGUGGUCAAGCUGCAGCUUUUAAGAAACAUGUGGCUGAUGUUUGCUCUGUGCUGAAAGAUUCAGCCACUGAUCGGCAAAGCCUGGCAGAUCUCGCUAUCAAGUACGGCUUGAAGAAAAGCCAUGUCCGUAAGAGGCUUGCUUCAGCAGUGUGCACGCUUGGUACAGCAGCAGCUUUCAUGUUGGAGUUUGGCGAUGGAAUACCCAAGACUCCGCUGAUUUGGGUGCAUACAUUGAUGUCGUUGGUGUUGUUGUUUUACCUCAAUGCACCCAGCCAGGAUGAUUCACACAGAUUCAAGAUUGUUCGGAGAUUGCAGCAGUUCGGAGUGGAUCCAGAUACUCUGCAUUUUUCUCUGUUUGAGAAGCCGAACACUGUAUAUUGCAUUUUUCAAGUUGAUGUCGACAUGGGUCGAUUUCGUUCGGGCUACCGUCAGCCCUCAUCACUUCUGUAUGUGGGAAGCACUGCUGUCGGUGCAGCCAAGCGGCAUUUGAACCGCAUGGCAGUCUACAGAAGACUUCAAAGAACCGAAUUUGUGGAUGCAGAAUUGUCCCUGAGAUAUUGGGCAUCCCAACACAACCUUUUCCAGUUUGUGCUUGUUCCGCUAGAAUUUUGUGACAGCUACCAGCGAGCUUGGACUGUUGAGCACGAACUCAUUGCUCAAUGGCAGGCACCUUUGAAUUAUCCCAGAGCAAUGUCUCUCAUUAAGAAGACCGCUCUCGGUUUCCGAAUUUCGUCCAAACGCAGAGGGUCAUUGUAUUGCACCUUUGGCCUCCGACUUUGGCGCAAACUGCGAAAGCGCAUGUUUGGUCGCAGUUCGAAAUUCUUCAUUCAUGACUCUCGGGAGUUAGCCUGGGGGCUUCUGUUUAAGCUGGCAUCGAGAACCCGAGCAUCCUUUGAAACAGCGAAGCUGCUCCGAUCCAACAAGACGGCUGACGAGGAAGUGUAUGCCCUCAUCAAACUCAGUCGCAAUAUCGAAAACCCUCAUCGCAACAGGGUGCAAGGAAUACUCAAAGGUGUAGCCAAGUUUCGCAAGAAGAUGCACUGGCCACGGACUUCCCGACCUUUGGGAGUCCUGCCAACUGCGUCUCCUUCGUUUUCCAAGGAGUGCGAGAAGUGGUUAAAAGACCUCAUCCUCCGGUACAAGUAUCUUUUUCCAUCUUUUCAUGUUCCAAAGAACAGCCUACGUGAAGUUCCGCACCAGAGUAUCAAGAAAUUUCUCCACAACUUCCGAUCUUGGGAAGAAACGAUGUGGGAGCACGACUUUGAUUUGGAGUCGGUGCACUGUCCGUGUGAGCAGUUUGCAGGAAAACUUCCUGCUCAUUGCUUCGUGUCUGGCCACGUAGCCACAGGUUUGGAGAACCUGACCAAGCUACUACCAGGCUGUUCGAGCAUCUUAUCGGCCAGUGCCGCGAGCACCUUUUUCCCAGGCCGCAAUCACUGGAUGGCCAAGUCCAGAGCUCUGUUUGAUCAGUGGCUCAAGAGACACAAGCUACCAGCGACGUUGCAUCCAAUUUUUCAAUCCUUUUGUGACCACCAGUGGCAGCAACAUGUUGCAGCCCUGGAACAAUCAGACAGACUACACUGGGCUUUGGUACAGAAGGUGAAGUCUGCCUUGCACUCGGAUUUUGUUCUGUACAACGAAGAUCAUCAUCCGAAUCAUGUCGUGUGCUAUUGUCCUCGCUUCUUCCUUCGAGGAGUUAGCACCACAUGGAACGAUCCCUCUGUGUUUCGUACUCUUGAUGGUACCCCUGAAGAAUGGAGACAGCGCAUUUUGAAGCGCGUUCCUCGAGAUCUGUCCAGAAGAUACGCCUGGGCCUUCAAAGAAGCAGCUCCGCUGCCUCAAGGCACUGUGUUCCUGAAACGGAAGAAACAGUUUGCCAAGGGACGGACCAUCAUUUCGUAUUCCAAUUCGUUGUGCAGCAAGCUAUUGGAGCUGACCUCCAUUGCGUUAACCUUAAUGGUCAAGACGCUGUUUGCUGACAGCCCAGGCAUGCAGAGCAUGCCACAGCUCUGGAGGUCUCUUCAUGCUUAUUGGGCGAAGCCCAGCCAAGAGGAAGACGUCGAAUGGAACGACGAUCUCGUGGGAUUUUUCAAUGCAGUUCCCCGAAAAGACAUCAUGCACGCAGUGCAUUUGAUUGUCCAAGAAUACUGCCAAACUUCUGGCUGUUCGAUCCUCUCGAUCGAUAUGUUGUCAAAAACGGGACACCCGGGCAAACCUCGGGGGAGAACGAAAUCAAACUUAAAGAGGUGUUGGGUUUCUGAUGUUCCGCUGAUUGUGGUCUAUCCUUCGCCACGGGAGUUUUUACAGCUGCUGGAAAGUGCAGGCAGCAAGUGGAGGGGACGUGUAUAG